GAGAGAGCCUGGUCGCCAGCCUCCGCAGAGGGUAGGUCCCUCCACCCCUUUGCUCCUCCUGGCUGCGAUCUCGGGGGAGGGGGGCUCCGUCCAGGAUGCAGGCUCGCUACUCCGUCUCCGACCCCAACGCGCUGGGAGUGGUGCCCUACUUGAGCGAGCCGAACUACUACCGGAGCGCGGGGACUUACAGCAGCAUGGCCAGCCCCAUGGGCGUCUACUCGGGCCACGCCGAGCCCUACGCCGCGGGCAUGGGGCGCUCCUACGGGCCCUACCACCACCACCAGCCCGCGGCCCCCAAGGACCUGGUAAAGCCACCCUACAGCUACAUCGCGCUCAUCACCAUGGCCAUCCAAAACGCGCCGGACAAGAAGAUCACCCUCAAUGGGAUUUACCAGUUCAUCAUGGAGCGCUUCCCUUUCUACCGGGAGAACAAGCAGGGCUGGCAGAACUCCAUCCGGCACAACUUGUCGCUCAACGAGUGCUUCGUGAAGGUGCCCCGCGACGACAAGAAGCCCGGCAAGGGCAGCUACUGGACGCUGGACCCGGACUCCUACAACAUGUUCGAGAACGGGUCUUUUUUGCGCCGCCGUAGGCGCUUCAAGAAGAAAGACGUGGCUAAGGAGAAGGAGGAGGUGCGGGAGAGGCUGCUGAAGGAGCAGCCCAAGGAGCUGCCCAAGGAGCCGUCCUCGUCCUCGUCCUCGUCCUCCUCGUCCUCCUCCGAGAAGAAGGUGGUCAUCAAGAGCGCGCCCGGCCACGCCUUCGGCGCCCAGCAGCAGACUUUCCCCAACGUGCGGGACAUGUUCAACUCCCACCGGCUCGGCCUGGAGAGCUCCGGCCUCGGCGAGCACCAGGUGAGCGGCAACACGAGCUGUCAGAUCCCCUAUAGAUCGGCGCCCUCCAUAUACCGCCACUCCACCCCCUAUUCCUAUGACUGCACUAAGUACUGAGCAGCCUCGAGCUGCCAAGGCCCCCCGUCCUGAGACCGCCUAAGGGAAGAUGUCAGCGCACCUGGGAGCCCCCCGAGAGAGCUCUAGACCUGCCCCCCUUCCUCCAUCCUUCCUUUCCAAGCCAGACAAGUCACUUCUACUUGAAAAAGGAAAAAAAAAAAAAGGUUUUAAAAAAAGGAAAGAAAAAGACAGACAGACACAGAGAGAGAGAGAAA